UUCUUUAUUUUUGGGAUAAAGGCGGACCAGAUAUUGGAUGAGUCUUUAUUCAGAAACAUUUUCUUGACCUUUCAAACUUUUAGUUAAGAAGUUGCUGCCUUAGAAUUCUUCUUCCCAUUUGGUAGACAUAUUCACAUAACGGCUUUGGUCAUAAUUGUCUUUGUUUGAAACAGGGCAGUUGAAGGAAUUUGAGUGCGAAUUAGCCACUGUUAGGCUUAUUGGAGCCACUGUUGGCCUUAUUGGAACCGCUGUUUGGUUUCUAGCUUUGACAUUGAAAGAGGUUUUGUCUAUCUGGGUAAUUAUUAUUGUCGGUCAUCUUCGUUCUCUAUUUUUCUGUUGCUUUGAUAGAUAUUGAUAAUGUUUGAAAGUGAGUUCUGGGUAGUUUGCAAAGGAAAUCAAUAUUACCAAGAUCGAGUCUUUGAGGAGACUUGUGCGUUGCUGGCAGUUUUGGCGGUGAAGAAAGACUUAAAGUAGUUGGAAUUUCAGUUUCAUUUCACGACAAUAUUGGUGUGUCACAAGAAAAGUGUUGGGGCAAGUUCAGUUUUCUCAACUGCUCAAGUGAUUACAAAGCCCUCUUUUUAAUAUUUCAAGCUCACAAAUUCAGGCCAAAACAUUUCCCACCUGAUGUAAACAGAAUUCGAUCACAAAAACUCUUGUACUACUCAGUAGAUCCAACCAAUCCCCAGGUCAUUUCUUUUUGGAGUUCCAAAGUUUGCUUCAAUCAUUGUGUUUUGGAUUGAGAAGGAGGGCGAGAGAGUUCUGUCUUGUUUGUUUCCUCUUAUAUUGUCCUUAUUAUAUUUUCACUAUGAAUCAUUCUGGGGCAGCCAAUGAUCAGAGACCAGCAGUUGAAGUUACCAAGGAUAGAAAUGGAAUCGGUCAGGUUGUGCUUCGGAACCCUCGAGGGGCUUCUGCAACGAUUAGCUUACAUGGAGGACAGGUGCUCUCAUGGAGAACCGACAGGGGAGAAGAGUUGUUAUUCACAAGUACUAAGGCAAUCUUCAAGCCGCCACAUGCAGUGCGAGGAGGAAUACCCAUAUGCUUUCCACAGUUUGGGAACCGAGGAUCACUAGAGCAACAUGGGUUUGCCAGGAACAAGAUUUGGGUCAUUGAUGACAAUCCACCACCUUUGCAUCCCAGUGAUUCCCUUGGAAAGACGUAUGUUGAUCUGCUGCUUAAGUCAUCUGAAGAAGAUUUGAAGACCUGGCCACACAGUUUAGAGUUUCGUCUUAGGGUGUCAUUGGCAGCCGAUGGGUAUCUUACAAUGAUUUCACGCAUCAGGAAUAUCAAUUGCAAGCCAUUUAGUUUCUCAAUUGCCUACCAUACAUAUUUCUCCAUCUCUGAUAUCAGUGAAGUGCGGAUAGAAGGGCUGGAGACUCUUGACUAUCUUGAUAACUUAUGUCAAAAGGAACGUUUCACCGAACAGGGAGAUGCCUUAACAUUUGAAUCUGAGGUUGAUCGGGUUUAUCUUAAUUCGAAAGAUGUGAUUGCAAUAUUUGAUCAUGAAAGAAAACGGACAUUUACUAUACGCAAAGAAGGACUCCCAGAUGUCGUGGUAUGGAAUCCAUGGGAGAAGAAAUCAAAAUCCAUGGUGGAUUUUGGAGAUGAAGAAUUCAAACAGAUGCUUUGCGCUGAUGGGGCAGCAAUUGAAAAACCAAUCACUUUGAAGCCAGGUGAAGAAUGGACAGGGCGGUUGGAACUUUCUGUAGUCCCUUCAAGUUGAUCCUAUUGCAAGUUCUUUGAAGAUUAAACAGAAAUGAUACGAAUAAAUUACUCGAAAUCUUGCAUUGAUGUUGGUAUAAUUUUCAGUAUUUGUGAUGAAGAAACAAAUAAGGGACCGUUCUUAAUCUGAUAAAUUACUGUCAUGAUGACAAAAAUGAUAGUUCCUGUAAGGGAAGUGGAGAUAUCUGUUUUAUUGUAUCUCCUUUGUAGCAAUAACUUCAAAUGUAUAAAAUCGUAUAUGGAU